GUUACAUUAACCUUGUUUUUUUUGUAAAGCAGAGAUGUGAUUCUUUCUUUUAACAUGUUACAUUAACCUUUUUUUUCUAAAGCAGAGAUCUGAAAUAAAUAUGAUAUCAUCACCAAAGUGUGUAGUAGAUGCAAUAGCGGCCCUCUCACAGGACCAAAAGAAUAAGAUCAAAGAGUUGGGCUUUGGGGAGCUUCUAAAGUUUAGUUUAGAUGGCUUUGGAGACCGCUACAUGCUAGAAUUCCUCAUGGACCACACAGACCCAGAAAAUAUGGAAAUUCGAGUGGGGGGAGGAGAUAAGAACCUGCCCAUCAAUGAACACGUAGUACAAUGCGUUCUUGGCGUGCCAACUGGAAAGGGAAGAGACACACCAGAUUCCCCCUACAUGGAAUCUGAACUUAACAAUCUGAGAACAGAGCUUGGUGUCAAAACUGACAAAAUUAAAAGCUCUGACCUCAUAGCCAAGAUCAAUGGUGGUGGCACAGACUAUUUGACCAUCCGUUGCUUUUUUAUUCUGUUGUGCUACAAACUUCUGUUCCCUGGUUCACAAAACCAUGUUACCAAGCGGGAGGUUGCCCUGACCCAUUCACCCAAGGACAUUGCGGAGGUGAACUGGGCAAAGGCUGUUGUCGAUAACCUCCGUUCGGCAGCCCGCAAGUGGCACUCUGAUAAGUUGGCGGUUUCAAAGAAGAAAAGGACACUCUCUGGUUCUGUGACAUUCUUACUGUUGUACUAUCUAGACCAUCUACGGAGUCCUCACAGUAUACCUUGCAUUAUCACCCCGAGGACUUCCGUCUACACCACGGAUAUUAUCAAAAAAAUCAUAAAAGCAGACAAGAGGAGUCGCAGUGGUCACAUUUAUGGCCUCCUAGAUUUCAGGAGCAUGGUGGGUACAUGCUAUUCAAUGGGUAGUAGGCAACUUGUUCCGAACAUCAGAAUUGAACCGUUGCAUUCCAAUUUUUUUCAAGAUUUAAGCCCACGAAAGAGGGAAAUUGCCACAUCAUAUGUCAACACAGUUGACAUUUUGAUGGAACAAAUUUUGAAGGAGAGGAAUCAGUUUAUGAUCUCCAUGGGCGCGCAAGAUGCCCAGAACAGCAGCAGAGCAGCUGAGCCUCAGGGCGGUGACUCAGGGAUCCAAGAUGAUCCCCGGAACGAGCAUUCUGAAGCUUAUCCUUCUCCUGCUGCUGAUGAUGCUCUUCCUUCUGAUGACACUAAUCCCAGGUAUGCCGAGCUAGCAGAAGCUAUGUCUACCAGGUAA